UAAUGCUCUGUGUUGUUUUCAGGAUGGAUGAUACGUACAGUCUGGGAACGCGAGAUGGUGGCAAUGAUUUUGGACAACUGGACCUCAACCUACUGAACACUGAGGCUGCACUCAGCUCAUAUCCAGCAGCCGGCCCCUUCCUGACCAUCGUAGAACAACCGAAACAGAGGGGAUUCCGAUUCCGUUAUGGCUGUGAAGGCCCUUCACACGGAGGCCUGCCUGGAGCAUCCAGUGAAAAAAAUCGCAAGACGUACCCAACCAUAAAGAUUUUCAAUUACACUGGUAAUGCAAAGAUUGUAGUGCAGCUAGUGACAGCCAAAGACCCUCCCAAACUACAUGCUCACAGCCUGGUUGGGAAACAAUGCACCGAUGAUGGAGUCUGUAUCGUACAAGUGGGUCCCAAGGACAUGACUGCACAGUUUACUAAUCUGGGCAUUCUGCACGUCACAAAGAAGAAUGUUCCGGAUGUUCUGUUUGACAGGUUAUUUAACGAGACAUACCAGCGCAAUCCUUUGGACAGAAAAAAUUUUCUGAACAAGGCCAUUCUGUCAGCUCAAGAAGCACAGCAGUUUCGCCAAGAGUCUGAGCAAUUAGCCAAGGAGAUGGAUCUGAGCGUUGUGAGGCUACAGUUCACAGCUUACCUCCCUGACAGUGAUGGCAUGUAUACACGGCCACUUGAACCUGUCAUCUCUGACCCCAUCUUUGACAGCAAGGCUCCAAAUGCUUCCAAUCUGAAGAUUGUCAGGAUGGACAAAACGUCAGGCUGUGUGACAGGCGGGGAUGAGAUUUACCUCUUGUGUGACAAGGUUCAGAAAGAUGACAUCCAGGUGCGUUUCUACGAGGAUGAUGACAAUGGUUGGGAGGCCUACGGAGAUUUUGGACCUACAGAUGUUCACAGACAGUUUGCCAUUGUUUUCCGGACCCCGCGAUACUGGAAUAUCGAUAUUGAGAAACCAAUCACCGUCUUUGUCCAGCUGAAGAGGAGGAAGGAUGGUGAAACCAGUGAGGCCAAGGCAUUUACUUACUGCCCCCGAGUGGAAGACAAAGAAGAAGUCCAUCGCAAAAGGCAGAAGAGACUCCCUCAUUUCUCGGAUCAUUUUGGGGGAGGGGGCUCAUCAGGGGGAGCUACAGGAUUUGGCGGAAGAGGAGGGGGAGGAGGUUAUAACUUCAAUUCUAUCGGUUUCAUGAACAGUUUUGGGAACCCACACUGCACGUUCCAACAGGGAAUGCACCACUCUGGGGGACCACAGGGGUGUAUGGAACUAACCACUGAGCAGAGCCUCCAAUACACCACCUCACCACAACACACGGUCCAGAACACGGACAGCUCUUCAGGGGAGGCUCAUCAGCUCCCCACUCGGUCAGAGCAAUUUCUUCAUAUGAGAGCUCUACAGAUUACAGAGCGUACAGCCCGAGCUUUGUUGGACUAUGCCAUCACUGGGGACGUACGCAUGCUAUUGGCUGUUCAGAGACACCUGACAGCUAUUCAGGAUGAAAAUGGAGACACUUCAUUACAUUUGGCCAUCAUCCAUCAACAGCCUCUGGUGGUUCAGCAGCUGCUCCAGGUUAUCGUCAGUAUUCCAGGGCAGAACAUCAUCAACAUUCCCAAUGAUCUACGUCAGACCCCUUUGCACCUUGGAGUAAUCACCCAGCAACACAGGAUUGUUGAGCUCUUACUCACUGCUGGGGCUAAUGCCACUAUUUUGGAUCGUCAUGGAAACUCUAUCCUCCACCUUGCUCUCCACAGAAAAGAUGAGAAGAUGGUGGAAUUACUGCUGGAACAUGUCAAACCUCAGGCCCUCAGCAGGCUGAUGAAAAUGCCAGACUGUAAUGGAUUGUACCCUGUGCAUUUGGCAGUGAAAGCCAUGAAUAAAAAUUUGGUGCAAGUUCUGCUGAACAAAGGAGCCGAUAAAGACGUAGCUGAACAGAAGAGUGGCCGAACGCCCUUGCACUUGGCUGUGGAGGUCCAGAGUCUGAAUCUGGCUGCGCACCUCUUGUUGGAAGCUGAAGUGGAGGUGGACCGGCCUACAUUUGAGGGGAACACUGCUCUUCACUUGGCUGCAGGAUACGGUCUCCCAGCUCUCACAGCUAUGCUGCUGACUGCAGGAGCUGAUAAAUAUGCAGAAAAUUAUGAACCCAAAAUAGAUUCGGAGGAAGAGGAUGAAUCGGAUCAGGAGAUCUGCCAUGGGCACACGCCUCUUGAUAUCACUGCCUGUGAGAAGGUUCGUGAUAUUUUACUGGGAGAAACUUCAAAAUGGAAGGAUGGGGAUCAAAAAUUGCCUGAACGCCAACAAGGCAAUAUUGCAUCACUGGGUUCUGAAACCCUGGGAGAACUGAACAAAGUGUUAAACCAGGAGGUGACAGGGUCAGACUGGAUGAAACUGGCAGAGAAUCUAAACCUUGGCUCUCUUACUGAGUUACUCAAAAGUGCCAAGUCUCCAAGCAAGUCACUGUUGGAUAAUUUUGAUAUUUCGGGUGGAACAAUCGAGCAGUUGGUUAACGCACUACAGUGUUUGGGAUUGAAGACGGCUGUGAACAUAAUCCAGAAAACAGAAACGUAUAAAGCACUUCAGUCGUCAGAUGCGAAGCAAUCCGUGGACAGUGCCUAUGAGAGCGGCUCACAACAGGUCAUCAGUUCAAAAGAUCAUUUGAGUACCACGACCCAGACUAGUGACCAACAGGUUUAACAGGGAGCAGGAUCUCAUGUUUCUACACAACUGAGAGAAUUAAAAGAAAGAGAUCAUCAUUCCUACAAACUGUAACAAGCUGAUCCUUUAGAAAGGAUACCUUUAAAAAGAACAUGUUUGUGAUUUGCCUGCCUUUGGAUUCUGGCCUCUUUAUAUUAACAAUUGAAAAUUGACGGGUGAUUUUGUCAUUGAUCCCAGUGUGUUGGGAUUGACUGGUUAUUUCAGUCUCACUCACUAAUUGCCUAUUCUGCUGUGGAGUUCCUCCCAGUGCUCUAAAGGGUGAAGCACAGACCUCAGUGUGGAUAAAACAACAGGUUAAUGUUUACACGUCUAUGUUUGUGCUAAAGAGUUCACAUUCAAUAAAGAACACAACUGGAUGUUGUCUCUUGCUGUGUUGGCCCUGUGACUGGGUUUCAUUGAUUGGAGAGCAGGGCUGAGAGAGGGCACAAUGAAGAGCUAGCCUGACAAUGGGUCCAAUUCUCUCCUUCAUCCUAUCUUCCUGUCCACACUGGUCAGGUUUCAGGGUCUCCACACAACCUACUGUGUAAACCACCAUAUUCCUGAUGACACCAACCCUAUUCCAGUGUUAUUAAUUGGAUAAUGUGGGUACUUCACCAGGAAAGGGCCACAAACUGGUUCUGAAUCGGAAGCUCUCUCUCAUUACCCUCUCUCAGAACCUGUGACACCCGCCUUGGCCUCACUAUUUCAUUGCAGAGGAAGAGUGGAAAAACAAAAAGGGGAAUGUCUACCUGUAAAUGUGGUCACUUUGGGGAAGAAACAUCCACAGUCUAUCGAGAGGAGCCUCAUCCUGAGCCACACUCUGCAAUUCCAAACUGAUGUUUCUCAGUGUUUUGUGGGGACUGGAUAACCAGCAGGAGAUUGAGUCACCAGUGCUCAGUUUCCCUCUCAGUCUUGUACUGAUCUGUUUUAUUUAUCUUUUUCUUUGUUUAAUUUAUGAUUUUAUAGUGUAAGAUGCAAAGAUUGUAGGAGUAAUUAUGCGCUGAUUAGUUUAAACUUUGAUCAAUAAAGCUGAUAUUGCUGGAGUGCCUUUGAAUGAUUUGGUUCAGGCCAGUUCUAUCCUAAACAGAACACAUCCACAUAAAGCAGAUGAUUGCUAAAAUCAUCACUUUUAAGGAUAUCAAUUUAUUUUGUUGGAAGAAGUCUUCUGCUGUCAUUACACAGUCUCCUCAUGGCAGAGUUGGCUGACUACCAAUAAUCGCCAUCAACAGAAUGAUACAAUGUGUAUCUUUGGUAUAAGUGAAAAGCACUGUUAAUAUACUUUUGAUAAUGUUUCUGUGGCUUAAAUUCCUUCAAGACGUUUUAUAAAAUAAAAUUAUAAAAACCA